GACGCAACAGGCGGAUCCUGCGGACUUGCCCGCCCUGCCUGGGGGGGUUGCUCUCCGCUCAUAUACCCCAUGUGUCUAGCUCGCUUCUCUAGUCAGUCUACAUCUACACUCUCCGGCGUCUCGCUUAAAUCUGUCGCUCUCGGGUGCUGGUGCUGGCAGCACCACGGCUAUACCUGCCCCUUCCACUCACCCUCAUUCACCCUCUCUCGUACGUCAAUCGCUCUCAGGCCUCAGCUUGCCCCCGCAUCUUGCACACGUGUCAACCAUACUCUCAGACUCUCUCGCUCAACCGUCUUUCGCGCUCAUAAACCUAUAAAAAGUCGCUCGGUUCUCGCUCAUAACCUCUGGCUCGGAGCGCUCGGUUUAUGGUUUAAUCCGUCGCUCAAUCUUAUCCUCACGCUUCACAUCUCUUUCAUCAUCUCACUCUCUCUCUCUCUCUCUCUCUCUCUCUCUCUCUCUCUCUCUCUCUCUCUCUCUCUCUCUCUCUCUCUGCACACGCACCUAUCACCUCCACAAUAUCAAGCCCAGAAAUACUCUAGUCGCUACUACUUAUUAGUGCUUACAAAGAGAUAAUAAUGCUUUGCAGCAGCUUAGUGAACAAGCUGGUCAGGUUCGACCUCGACAUAAACAAAAAAUCUCUGAAGGUCAAACAGCCCUAAUGCUGGCCGCUAAAAAUCGCAAUUUGGAAGCAAUGUCGGCGCUGCUUGAAAAUCCUCUCAUUCUCAUAUCAACAGGCGACAAAGAUAACAAGACGGUCUUGCAUACUUAUGUGGGGAAUAUUUCAUAUGCAGAGCCUAUACUAUAAGAAAGUCUAUAGAAGAAAGAAUCAUCGAUCCAAUGGAGAGACGUUUAUGAAAUACUAUAAACAUCUGAUUAGGCUGGCACUGGCCCUUACCAGCGAGAACAAGAGGGGACGCUAGUCUGGUGACUGGUCCCGACCGAGUAACUGAGUAGUCGCAUUGAGUGCGAGUCUUAUAUAUUGAUUAGCUGAAUAAAUCUUAUAUUAUAAUUAUUAAUUAAAUGGGUUGUGUCUUAAGUUAUUCUUAGUUAAAUAAGACUUCCUACACUUAUAUUACUCGAAACUUUCAAUAAGACUGAGGACCAGGCGUGCAAGAAUUUCCGUAAUAAGUAUAUUAAUGUCGAUCUUAAAACUAUCGUCGGAAGUCGUCAACUGUAAGGACAAUAAGGGACUAACGCCUAUCAUGAUCGCAGCGAAGAACAAACAGCUCGACGUCGUGGACUAUCUACUCUCGAGUGCGGAGCAAUCGUCAAGACCAACGACAGAAGUAAGGAGACGAUCCUGCACUUAAUUUGUUCAACAAUAUUCUGGACAAGUGUAAAGAAAUCUCAAGAUGACCAGUGAUAGUGAGAAGCAGCCACGAAGUAGGAAGUCAACCUGCUCCAGGUAUGACGAUGAUCAGAACCUCCUGGACUGUUAUGGCUCGGAGGGUCACAGGAUACGUUCUGGUACAGAUAGUUUCCCAAACAUUAAUGAGAGGCCAGUAGAGGAUAUUUCCAUUGAAUUCUUCUACAAACCUCACACAAUUACACUGCUGCUGAUCUCAAUAUGUGCAGUCAUCUAUUUUGCGUUUGUCAGGGACUGUUCUAAUGUUGAAGAUAAUCUGAGGGCAGGAUUACUAUCUAUCGUCUUCUUCUUCUUGAUAAUUUCAAUUCUUACUUUUCCCAAUGGUCCAUUUACUCGACCACAUCCAGUGGUAUGGAGAAUUGUCUUUGGAUGCAGUGUUCUCUAUGAGAUAUUUCUGCUGUUUAUGUUAUUUCAAAACUAUGAAACAGUGCGCAAAAUAUUCGUAUGGAUAGACCCAAGUCUAGCCUCCUUUCACAUAGACAUGGAUAAGGAGUAUGGAGUCAAUUGCUCUGACAUAACAGUCAAAAAGAUCUAUGAUCACCUGGAUGUGUUUGCAGUGGCUCACUUUCUUGGCUGGGCUUUCAAAGCUAUUCUGAUACGCCACCUUGGUAUUUUGUGGGCCAUAAGUGUCAUGUGGGAGGUGACAGAGAUAGCUUUUGCUCAUCUUCUGCCCAACUUUGUAGAAUGUUGGUGGGAUGCUAUGAUCCUUGACGUGCUUGUGUGCAAUGGUCUGGGGAUUUGGGUAGGACUCAAAAUUUGUCAGAUCUUGGAAAUGAGGGAGUACAAAUGGGUGAGCAUUCGAGACAUUGAGAGCACCACUGGCAAAUUUAAGAGAGCUGUACUGCAGUUUACUCCUGGAAGUUGGACUACAGUCAGGUGGCUUGAUCCUACCUGCACACACAUGAGAUUUGUAGCACUUUGUCAGUUAGUGAUAUUCUGGCAGGUUUCGGAACUUAACACAUUCUUCCUCAAGCAUGUCUAUGAGUUCCCACCAUCGCAUCCGUUUGUUGUAUCAAGAUUAGUAUUAAUAGGAGUUAUAGUUGCUCCUUCUGUCAGGCAGUACUAUAUGUAUGUGACAGACCCCUCAUGCAGUCGAGUGGGUACCCAGUGUUGGGUGUACGGUGCCAUAAUGAUGACUGAGGCUUUGCUAUGUAUAAGGCAUGGAGCUGAACUAUUUGAGAGGACGCAGGCCCUUAAUAUACUGCUCUGGCUCCUCUGCCAGUCUCUAGUUUCCGUGCUGUGUGUCUAUGGCUGUGUUUUGUGGCAUCAGUACUUUGCGACUGAUAAAAACAGCUCAGGUGCCCAGCAAGAAAGUCGCACGGAAGCUACUCCUACGGGCGGAGACGUGGGAGACGAUGCUGACGACCUGGAGCCCGAAGAAGACAAAAAGAACCUCUAAAAAAGCUGAUCGUACUAAUAAUACCAGCGGCUAAGGGCUGCGAACCUUCUAGUCGUGCUAACGAAAAUUUGAUGGAGAAAAUGGACAGCACGUUAACGUGCCAUAUAAAGUUCGUUAAAUAAAAAGUAAUAAAGAUAAAAGAGAGACGUAUGAAAGUGACAUAAUAACUUUUUGUUUGUUGGUUUGUUUUGUUCUUAAUUCAGGGAAAUGCGCGAGUGCGUGUAUUGCAUGUAUAGAUGAAUAAAAGUGAGAGAGAAAAAAGUAGCUUACGAAUAAAAUUUUGUCAAUUUUUCGUGCUUUUUCUUUUUAAAAGGUGUGAACUUUCCUUUUUUCAGUUUGAUGCAAAGAAAGCAUUUUAGCUUGUAUUGAAAUAACAUUUUUUUCUCUUACUGCAAUGUGCUUUCUUUAUGCCUUUUUUCAAUCUCUAAAUUUGGAAAAAUGUACAUAUGUACUAUAGGACAUUAAAAGGCCUACGUAUCAGCAUAGUAUCUGUAGAUGGUGAUAAUGCUGUGCACCUAACGUUUUCCAUUAUAUAAAAAUAAAUUGUCAUAUAUUUUAUUUCCUUUUUAAAUUAAAUACAAUUAAAAAAUGAUCUUUUUGAUUUUCUCUCAUAAAAACUUUAAUUUUGUAUUUCAUCUUUGACGUAACUAAUGUCUUACAAUAAGAAGUGUAUGGACUUAAACAUUUUCAAUGAUUAAUUUCAACAGAUAUUGCAAAAUGAAUAAAGUCUGAAAGCAUCUGAAAGAGAAGGAAUUCAUGCAGUUUUAAAAUUUGCAGUAAUAACGAUGUAUUCUUAUGAUAAAAUAAGAGCUACAGCUUUAAGAAGUAUAUUGUGUCUAAAAGGCGGAAAGUAACCGAUUAUGGAUGAGUGUGAACAAAUGGUAAUCACACUCCUCUGGGAAUCGUCUUAUUACGUCCUAUAAUGUACACAAUUUUUUUGUCCGAUUGAGGUAUAAUAGGAGUUUCGCGGUAGCUAUCAGAAACUUUUUAGUUCCGAGAAGAAAGUUUAUAUUUAAGUGAUAUAUCAUACUCACGAUUUAUACUUUACAGCAGUUAUCAUUUGCAAAAAAUGUAUUUGAUAUAAAAUAGAGUAUAUCUAUGAAAAUUGUUUUACUUUCAUUCAUUGAGCACAACAAAAUUCAGUACAGAUGUGGUUUAUGUAUGAUUGUAUAGACUUGUGUAUUAUUUUAUGUCAGUCAAAGAGGGGUGCCUUUGUGUAAAGCAUCGUUUAAGGAUAAAAAUUUAAGAAAAAUAUUUCAACAUGUGUAGACGACUUUGUAAAAAGCUUAUAGAGAAACUUAAGUAUAUGUCAUCUUCUAUUAAAGUUUGGUAUUUUCAUGUAGAAGUUUUUAGUGAUAUGAUUUCCGUACUGUAAUUGUAAAUCUUGGAGGAGAUGAAAUCUGUUGAAAUACAUUAAAAAACUGUGUACUGAGAACUUAAAAUCA